CACUCGCAGAGCGUUUUAGAGAGAGAAAGCAAAAAUAAGGAAAGAUUACUGGAGAGAGAAAGCGAGUGGGAGUUCGGAUCGAAGAACAGAAAGCACGAGAGAGAGUUCCCUCCUUCUUCGUCUCUCCCAAACCCUAAUUUCCCUAAUUUAUGUUUUCGCUUGUCUUAUCAAUUUUUCUUUCCACACUCAUUUCUGCUUAAUUCUAUCCAUUUUCGAAUCUUUCUUCAUCCUUUUGGGGGUAUUGUUUAUUGUUCUGAAAUUCGGAUCUGUGUGAAAUUCCGUGGUUUUAAUUUAAUUUUGCAACUGUCUUCAUUUCUGUUCGUUAUUCCUUAUACUUUGGGUCUGGGCGUUUGUUCUGCGACUCUAGGGUUCUUUAAACCCUAGAUCUUUUUUUCGAUUUUGCUUAUUCUAGGGUUCUUGAGUCUCGAUUUGGGAGAAAGGGUAUUUUAUUAAGGAAUUGGGGAUUACAUGUAUGGCUUCAGGGACUUUAGGGGAUUUCAAUGAUGAUUUGAAUUGGAGAGGGAAGUGUCGAUGGACAGAGAACAGUAAAGUUUAUACGCGGAAGAGCCACAAGAAAGCCCUUACCCCCUCAACAAAUCAGGCUUUAACAAGCGCUCAAGUUACCGCUGCCGAUGCUGAGGAGCAGGCCACAGUCCCUUGUUCGACAGCCACACCCAAUGGGACUGCAGAUUUUUGUGCUUCUGAGGUAGUUGUAAGGUCGGAGGAUGUAGAUUCUUGCCAAAAUCAAUCCGAGCAAGAACAGAGUCGAUCAUUGGACAAAAAGACAGAUUCUUCAGGCCAGGUACUGCUGCUAGAAGAGAAUGAAAGUCAACACGUAGCGGAGAAUGGUUGUCAAACUGGUGAUAGGCUUAAAGAAGGUCGACGUACUCAAAGUCCAGAGCUUGCGGAUCAAGAUAAAACCCCUUCAGCUGAUGGUGAGAAGGAGUUAGUGCCAUCACUGUUAAGAGAAAAUGAUCAUCCUAAUUUUCAUGUUCCGCAAGCCAAUGGCCUCACUAAGGUCAAUGGAGCUGUGGAAUCACCUGAAGUGGCCAAAGAGCAGCAACUCGUUGGGAAUGAGGCACGGGAUGAUGAAGAAAUGAGGCCUGCUUCACCUCAAGCUUCUGAAGGUAAUGUUCAGGGUAAUCUCAAUGGAGUUGUGGUGCCACUGGUGGUAUCUAAUGUAGAUGAUAGGAUUAUAUUUAAUUUAUGUAAAGCGACACCAAAGAAUGAGAUAAAGGUUCUUAGGAAGAAUCUAGAGCACGAGCUUGAUCAGGUUAGGAGGCUAGUUAAACAGUUUGAAUCCAAAGAGAACCAGCUUGCUUUACAUAAUAACCAGACCAGCAACAGUAACCUUAGUAAUAAAGGUAAUUAUGUCGAAGCUGAAGGUGCAAAUGCUGGUGACUAUGUUCAGUCUCAAGCCCUGCAUGCCCGAAGUAAUGUGGUUGACCGAAGGUUGUUGUUGAGGGUGAACACAGAGAUGGGUGCAAUGGGGCACAAAGAAACGAGACCUAUCGGAUUAGCAAGGGUCAAUUCAGAUAUGGGUGCUGCACGGAAUCUAGAACCUCGGGUGUAUAGUAGGCAAUUCAGUGUGGCAGUAAUAGAUAAUAGGUCCAAUGAGUUUAUUGAGAAGGAGAAACGUACCCCGAAGGCGAAUCAGUAUUACAGAAAUUCGGAGUUUCUUUUGGGAAAAGAUAGACUGCCUUCUGAAAGUAAUAAGAGAUUGAAAACAAAUAAUGGGAGGAAACACAGCGGAGAACAAGAACAUGCCAUGGGAUUUGGCUUUGGGUUUGAUAAGAACAGGAAUCAGGUUUUGAAGAACUGUAGCAGCCUACUUCAGCGGUUGAUGAAGCACAAGUUUAGUUGGGUUUUCAAUGAGCCCGUGAAUGCCAAGCAACUUGGAUUGGUUGAUUACCAUGAUGUCAUUAAGCAUCCUAUGGACUUGGGUACCAUUAAGACUAGAUUGUCACAGAAUUUUUACAAGUCUCCAAGGGAGUUUGCUGACGAUGUACGACUAGUUUUUCGCAAUGCCAUGACUUACAAUCCGAAGGGGCAGGACGUUCACCUUAUGGCAGAACAGUUGUCACAGAUUUUUGAGGAGAGGUGGGCCAUUAUAGACUCUCAGUACAAUUCUUAUUGGAAAUAUCCAGAAUAUCAGGAGGGGGGAUUACCCACACCCUCUUCUAGAAAGGGUGUGCCAUAUUCUCAUUUUGGCCCUGCUUCAGUUCCAGUCUCUGCGCCUGCUGCUUCAGUUCCGUUGUAUGACUCUGUUGCUCCGGGAAGAACUUCUGAGAGGCCUGAGCCAGUGACAUCAUUCAUGGCUGUUGAUCGAAAAAUUCAUCGACCUCAUGUUGGCAGGACUCCUGUUCCCAAAAAACCUAAAGCAAAAGAUCCUAAUAAAAGGGACAUGACUUAUGAGGAGAAGCAAAGACUCAGCACCAACCUACAGGGCUUGCCUCAUGAGAAGCUUGAUGCUAUUAUUCAGAUCAUUAACAAGAGAAAUACUGCUCUUUCUCAAAAUGAUGAUGAGAUUGAGGUUGAGAUUGAUAGUGUCGAUGCAGAGACUCUCUGGGAGCUGGACAGAUUUGUGACUAAUUACAAAAAGAGUUUGAGCAAAAAUAAAAGGAAAGCAGAACUCGCUCUUCAAGCAAGAACCAUGGGGAAUCAGAAUGCCUCGUUGGUGAACUCAACUCCAGCAUUGGCAAUCCAGAAGGAAAGUAGAACAGCUUUAAAAAACUGUGUCACUCUUGUAGAUGAUGACAAAGAGGGUCAAAACAGGAGUAGGACCAGCAGUUCUAGCAGUUCUAGCAGUGAUUCUGGGUCGAGUUCAAGUGAUUCUGAUAGUGACAGUUCCUCUGGGGAUGGAUCCGAUGCUGAGCAUUUGCCUAAGACAUGAAGAAUCUUUCUGACUGAGAAUUUGCAGGUGAUGCUUGUUGGAGUAGGGGUAAAAUUCUUGUGAUUGGGUUCUGCUGAUGGCAGCCCGGGAUCUAUGUUGAAAAUACGUAAUGGAAGACUGUAUUAUUAAAUGAUGAUAUCAACCGAUUUUCGAUGGUAAGGAACUUGUGAUAGGAUUUUAGUUGAUAAUUUGACUAGUAACAAAGGGGCUCAGAGCCAAGAUUGAAUAGGAGAUUUAGUAAGCUGUAUUAUGGUGUUUUUGCAAAUUGUAUUACAAUAGCUGUAUAUAGCUUUCAGGCUUAGGAGUGCUGUUAAUUUUGUUUUUAGGCCAAUGGUUUGGAUUUCAAGCUGGUUAAUAACUUUCGCUAGUCCAGUUAUCCGUGAAUAA